AAUUUCGGCGAUAUGACGAAAUGGAAACUGCAGCCACUGAGAAGUCUCAACACUUCCGCGGCCUGGAGGUAACCCACGAGGAAUCCAUCGAAGCGUCUAGGAUACUCCUCUGCAAGAAGCGAGAGGAGAUCAAGGGGAUAAACGGCGCGGCGGAUCGGACCCAAAGUCUGCGAACGAAUGAACUAGUGAUAUUCGAAAACAGGGUUGCGGAGGCGGUACCAAAGUUUUUAAAUGCCUUGACCUAUUACUCCACGGAUAAUGCAACGGCGGCCAUUGGCAAUAUCAGACGUGAAAACCAAGAAUUUCAGGAAGGAAUCGCAAUAGUUGAUCGAGAAGUCGAAGCUCUGAUGUCCAAGUAUGAGAUGAAGGAAGGGAUUGUAAGCGCGAUACCGAGUCACGAAUUAGGUGUAACGGAUUUACAGAAGCUCAAAGAUGCUUGGAACAAAGCGAAUCAGAGCAGAAAUUCGGAGUGGAAACGAAUUGAACGUUUGAAUAAACAACUUCAGGAAACGACAAAGCGCAAUGAUAGAAAAAUAGCUCGGCACCUUGGCAAAACCACGUAACUCCGCGCGAGUUGCAUUAUUCUAAUUAUACUCCAAGUUAUAAAACACUCUACGUAAUGUAAUAUAUAAUAUAAUCUAUCGUUAUACCUAAUACGUCUCCUCGUGAAGUCAUAGUGCCAUAAUUAGCUCCAUAUUUGUAACAGUCAAAUAGUUCGUAUCGUUAAAAAAUAAUCGAUAUUAUCAUAGCUCAAUACAAUACAAUUAAAUAUGUAAUAACUCCAGUAUACAUUAUAUAAUCUAAUAAAACGGAGCACUGAAAGGAAAGAAAUGUCACACACACUCAGGGAACUGAUAAAUCCACCGCAAAUCACGUGUUGUGUUGAAAGUUGGUAUACGUGU